AUCUUCUACAAACAUUACUGACCUUGAACAAUAUUAUAACGUGAUACAUUUCUCGGAUUGUAACGCUAAACUUGUAUAUGCCUGGGUUUUAUCGAAUUGGUAGCAAGUAAAACUAAGCAGGGAAAAAAUUCAUUUAGUUUUCGGUAUUAACUCAAUGUGUAUAAAUAUUUAUAAAUUACAAAAUGUAAUGAAAGCUUAACUAGCAAAGGUUAUUUUUGUGAAAACGUUGUUUAGACAUGGGGAAACGCGGUAGAGUGCAAAAAAAAUAUCGACAUAAAUAUAGUCUUCAAAUAACAAUGCUGGAUUCAACAAAUGAAAAAAAAAAUUUAGAGUCAGAGUGCAUGGGUCAAGUAAUAACCCAAAUUAUUUCCUAUAAUUCUGAUUUGAAAGAAAAUAUCAAUGGUCCUCAAGAUUGUACACCAGAAUUUGAAUUAUUAGAGAAUAAAAAGAUAGGAUACUAUAAUGAUAUGAGUCCAAAAAUGAAUAUACGAUUGCCAAAAUUCAAACUCAAUCUUGACACACCAGAAAAUGACGAUAUGGAUAACAUAGAAGACAAAAAAAAUUUUACUAAUAGAGAAAAAGAUGAUUUUAAAAAUUCAAAAGAUUCGAAGAAAACAUUAUCAGUAGAAAAAGUUUUUGAAAGUGUAAAUGAAAAAAGCACGUUAGGAUCCACUUUAAAAGUUAAUGAUUUUACAAAAGGAUUUUCUUUGAGUUGUAAAAGUGAUUCAGAACUUUUCGAUAUACCUCGAAAAGAAAUGACAUCACUAAGUAGGUAUUUUAAAAUAUCUUCAUCAACUUUCAAUUUGACAGUAUCAGAUCGAAGCAAUUCUUUGAAUUACUUUUUUGCUAGCAGACCAAUACAGAAUAACUCUAAUACUAAUAAUGAUUGUUCGAAUAAUUUUGGUCAUGGAAAUGAAUUUUUAAAAAAAAUUAGUAAUAUUAAAGAUGAUUGUUUAUUAUCUAACAAAAAUUGUAAUAGAAAAUCAUUUAUUAAUGACUGUUGCGUUAAAAUUAAUGAUAAUGAAAAACUAAAAAGCACAAAUCUAAAAUAUAUUUCAAACAUUUAUGAAGACAAGAACUGGGAUUCUACAUUAGAAAAUAUAGCAUGUAUUAAUUUACCAGUAGUUUCAGAUGUUGAUAUUAAAACAUUAGGAACUGAGUCGCAUGUAAUAGUACUAAAUAAUGUCUCUGACAUAGCUUUUUUAACUUCUGGCAUAAAAAGUUAUAUGUUUUUAAAAAAAUUGAAAGCAUCUUUCAUUAAACUCAAAACAUGCUGCAGUAGAUUAAUCAAAAAAUGUAUCAUUUGGAUAAAAAAGGGAUGUAAAACUAUUAAAAAUUCACUAUCACUUAUUAUCACAGCAUCAAAUUCAUCUGCACUAAUAAAUAGCGAAUUGAUGCAAGUAGUUGCUGUAGUUAGAUGUGAAAAUGAAAGAAUUCUAUCAGUAUUGUCAGAAAAGAUGUGUUCUUUAUCUCAAGAACUGACAGAGGUUCGAAUGAGCAGUGAAGCAAAUUUGCAAGCAUUGAAAAAUGAAAUGAAUAAGGCACAAACUUCUAAUAUUCUGCUGACAGAAACUACUAAUAAUUUGGUAAAAGAAUUUAAAACUUUGCAGACAAAAGUUCAAGAAAUCAAGUAUACUUCACUAUUAGAAUUAUCAGCAAUUAGAAAAGAUUCAGUUGUACCUCCACCUUCUCUAAUUUCUUCAUGCUGUAGUACUUUUGCAGUUGCUCCACCUCACUCUCCACUUUCACCUUCAUCUUCAUCUUUAUCUUCAACUCCACCACCACCACCACCACCACCACCACCACCACCACCACCACCACCACCACCACCACCAUCACCAUCACCAUCAUUAAUGCUUAUCUCAAAAUUAAAAAAUACAAACUUAGUUACAAUAAAUAAGAAAUUCAACAGUAAUACAUCAGUAAAAAAAUGUUCUACAUCUUUGAACAGUAGACCAACUAUUACUGUUGAAGAUUUGCUCAAUGUUACACUUAAAAAAGCUCCUCAAAAUUUCAAAGCAGAAAAUCGCCGAAACAUGGUACCAGGGCCAAGAGGACCAGUCAUAUCUUUGGAUAUGUUGCGCAAUGUUAAGUUGAAGUCCGCCCGCCGAAGAUCAUUGGAUCAACAUAAAUCGCCAAGAAGUAUGUCUCGUUUGACGAGAAAUCGUUCACAAUUGAAUGUCAACCUUUCUCCACGCGCGCUGCAUGCUGAGAGUUCUCUAUCUCGAUUACUGAAACAUGCUGAUACAAAUAAACGGAUUUUUUAAAAAAUAUACUGUCUCCAGUAGUACCGCCAGUGAUGUUAGUCAUACCAUUUUGUCAUUCAAAAUCUGCUAUAAAUUAAUAAAUAUUGACGGCUUGUAAAGAUCUUUUGAUCUAAGAAGACUAGAUAUAUGAUAAUUUAAUUUUUGACAAUUAUUUUGUAAAACAAAUCAAUUCAAUGUUAUUGUUAUUGCUAUACUUGUUUUCAAGUUUGAAUUUUUUCCUAAUAUUUAUAAUAUAACCAUUUAAGAUCUGCAAGUCAGUACGGAAUAAAUUAUUUUUAUAUUAUUUGAGUCUUAUUUUCCUUGGUUAUAUUUUAUUUAAUGUUCGGCACACUAGUAUAUGUUUAAAAUAAUUAAAGUUCAAGCAAAGAAAGCAAAUCAAAAUAAUAGAUAUUUAUAAUCACUUUAUUUUCAAUUUCCACGAAUGGCUUUACAGUAAAAGUUAUAUUCCGUAUAAUGUAUUAAUUCUAAUACAGAGCAUCAGAAUGCAGAUUCAAAAUAUAAAAGAUAAUACUUUUUUCAACUUUCCUUUCAUCAAAAGAAUUUGAUAGAGUAUCUUACGUAUCUACACAUCUUGAUGAAAGCCCUUUUUAUUACUAAAAUUUUCAAGUGUUAUGUUUUUUAAAUUUAUUCAUAUGGUUAUGAUAAUCGCUUUGAAAACACAUGACGUGUACAAUUAUAUAAUGAUAUUUUUUCAUGUUAUUUACUUUAUUCUAUUGCAAAAAUUUAGCAUAGGAUAAUCGCUUUUGAAAACACAUGACGUGUACAAUUAUACAAUGAUAUUUUUUCAUGUUAUUUACGUUAUUCUAUUGCAAAAAUGUAUCUUAAUUAUUUUGUUUGACGUUUCCUAUAAUUAAAAAUAUCAAUAAUCUUACUUAGCAGUAUUAAUAAUUAUUUUAGUUAUUCUUAUAUAUAUAAUUUUACGCAAUGUUACUAAUAUAAUACUUAUUUGCAGGGGAUAACACGCAGUAUACAGGCAUGAACUUAAAAUUGUUUCUAUCCCUCUACAUAUUAGGUAAUUAUCAACAAAUGUAUUCUGUUUUUGCAUGUACAAGAGCCAAUCUGGAAAAUGUAAUACAGCUCUUGAAUUUCGCCUCU